GAAUCGUCGUCUCCGGCUCGGGAAUCGUCGUCUCCGGCUCGGGAAUCAUCUUCUCCGACUCGGGAAUCGAAGUCUCUGGCUCGGGAAUCAUCUUCUCCGGCUCGCUAAUCGUCUUCUCCGGCUCGCUAAUCAUCUUCUCCGGCUCGAUAAUCAUCUUCUCCGGCUAUCUAAUCAUCAGCGUCACACUCUCUACUCUCAAAAUCGGUAACUUUUUAAAAUUAGGGUUUUUGAAUUAAAAUUUGGGAAGCUUGCGUUUUGAUUUUGAUUUGUGUGUUACUCGUUCUUAUUAACAAGCGAAGCAAAUGAAGACUUUUGUGUUGUUUUGUAUUUGUGUUAUUUCAGGAAAGCCUUCCAGAAAAGUUUGAAAUUUUUUUUUUCCUUGUUUACGCAGGAUAGAAACAAGAUGGGAGAUUCAGUACCUCUAAAACUAGCACUGCCAGAGCUGAAGUAUCCUAUUGGUUCACAGCCAAAAGAAAAGUCAGCAAUCAACCAAUACUCUGGUUCAGAUUAUAUCUCUAUUGUCAAAAGCAUCCUAAAACCAGAUGAGAUGAUAAGAGUCCGAGGAUCAUUUCUGGGACCUGUAAUGAAGCUCAGUGAGAGAGGAUUGAAGUUAUCAGCAAAGAUAGUCUACGCCAUUCUCACUAGAAGCAUCGUUUCUGUCAAGGAGAAUGAAGCCUGGUUCCAUUUCGGUGCGCAGCCAAUGAGGUUCUCUAUAAGAGAAUUUCAUAUGAUGACAGGCUUGAAAUGUAGUGGUGCAUUAGAAGGACCACGAAGGGAAACCGAGAGAUUUAAUUGGGAAUUGCUAAAGGGGCGUAGUCAUAAGUUAAGUGACGUGGUGGACCAGCUCAGAAACACAAGAGAAGAUGCUUCUGAGGAGAGAAUAUGCCUCGCAAUGCUCAUCCUGGUAGAGAGCAUAUUAUUGCGGAAGAGCAAAGGAGGGAGUUUUCCUUUGGAAUAUGCGAAAAAUGCACAGGAUAUGACAUAUCCAUGGGGAAAAGAGGCUUACAUUGUGCUCCUGAAGUCAAUUCAAAACGCUGUCGCGAAUCAUUUGGAGAAUAAAUCCAAAUUUGAGUUGCAAGGUUAUCCUCUAGUAUUCCUUCUUUGGAUACUAGAGUCGAUUCCUUUGCUAAGGAAUAAGUUCAGUAAGUGUGUACCAACAGUUGAGGUUCCUGGGCCGACUUACUUGUGUGAAAAAUACACUGAGAUAGAGAAUCCAUCACUUGAUAGGGUUUUACAGGUUGAAGCUGAUACAAAGCUGAAGGUCCAUUGCAUACUACCUUCUAUUCCUCAUGAUCCAGAAGAUGAUAUCUCCAUUGAAGACAAAUAUAGUGACGAGUUGGAAACAGUGAAAGAUGUAACAAAGAAAGGGUACAAGAUUACAGCCGAUGACUGGGAAAAUAGGUGUGUAGACACAUUUGACACAUUGGAUGCUCUUAUUCAAAUGAUGGCAAAUAAGGAGACUGGCCAAGCUUCUACUCCGAUUGAUGAGGAUUCAGUAAAUGAAAAAGUGAACAGGAUCAUCACGGUAAUGGAGGAGAAUCUGAAGAGCAUGAAGGAUCGAAUGUCAUUACUGGAAGAAGAAAACAUACAUCUUAGAGCUCGUGUGUCAGAGUUGGAAGGAAACAGCAAUGUUUUUCCCACUAACGUGACACAAAAGGUAAAUUCUCAAAACAUCUUCUUUUACAUUUGCAUUUUCAAGUAUUUUUUGGAAGAUCUUGUACAUAUUCUUGAAUGCCUUCCUAAUAUUUGACAAACAGCGAUCCAGUGGGACACCUUU